AUGGCUCAAUUCAAUGGUACCAACCCAUUCCCUACCCACGGCGUGCCUUCAAACAGUGGUACUCUCUUGGAUGAGUUCUUUCCUGGCUUUGGCCAGGCUUCGGCUUUCAUUGGACAGUUUGUAGCUGGCAAUCUUUCUGGCUAUGCACAGCUCCUGUGUCUGUGCAGUGUCCUGUCGUUCGUGGGCAGGUACAUCAAUAUAUUGGUCAGAUGGAUCCGAGAAAACUUCACUUCUACGAUUCACUUGCAGCGCUCAAGCGAAUCAUAUGAUAUGCUUUUGGGCUGGAUUUCCUUAAACGACCUUGGUUCUUUGGCUCGUUCUUCAGUCGCGCGUGUUGGCGCGGAAGGGAAGACACCCCCUGACCAUUUCAUCGCUAAGAAAAAGCCACUACACUUCUCGCCUUGGAAAGCAAGCUUCUUGUUCUGGUACAAUUCCAACCUGCUACUCUUCCGCAGCACAUUGAAAGAAACUGCUUUUCGCCAAGAGGAAGAGAUAUCGCUUACCUGUCUUGGCCGAACUUCGAAGGUCAUACAAGCGUUUCUGGCGGAGUGUAGACUUGAAUACUUGCAGCGAAUCGAAAACAAGACUACCAUUUUCGAGCAUUCUGCAGAACGAUGGAGACGUACUACUGCCAUCAAUGCUAGGCCGAUGUCCACUGUUCUAAUCAGUGAUCAUGAGAAGCAGUCAUUAAUCAGUGAUGUCGACAAAUUCUUGGCUGAGGAGACCCAGAAGUGGUAUUCAGCCCGUGCUAUACCUUAUAGACGAGGCUACCUGCUCUACGGACCUCCAGGCACCGGAAAAUCAAGCCUGAGCCUUUCUAUUGCUGGCCACUUUGGUCUAGACAUAUAUGUUCUCAGCAUAUCAAGUGUUGAUGACGAGACGCUCAAGACACUUUUCGCACAAUUGCCUCAACACUGUGUUGUUCUUCUGGAGGAUGUGGAUGCCACAGGGGCCAGUAAUUGUCGUGGCGUCAAGGCUCAUAAUGCGGCGACACCAAAGGCGGUCACUCUUUCAGGGCUCCUGAACGCACUCGACGGUGUAGCAUCCCAAGUGGGUAGGGUUUUGAUCAUGACGACUAAUCAUAUCGAAAAGUUGGAUGAAGCACUGAUUAGGCCGGGUCGGGUCGAUAAGGUGCGAUUCCAGCUUGCAGAUCACGACGUUCUCCUUCAACUGUUUCACUUUGUCUUUGCCAGUACAGUGAAACACCAAUCUUCGGAUACAAUGGAGCGCUUAGCAGACGACUUUGCGAAGAACAUCCCAACGCUAAGUUUCAGCCCUGCGGACGUAUUAUCGUUCCUCUUAGAGCAUCGGGAUAGCCCAAGUAGCGCAGUGAUAAAAGCUCGGUCAUGGGCCACUCGUGCUCUAGAAGAACGAGUUUCGGACAGUGCAUGUUUGCCCGAAGAUACCAAGUCGAACGGGCAUUGA